GGUGAGUUAGAGAAGAGCUGUAAAUGAUGGCUGUGGUGCUAAGAUGCUUCCGUCAUCUGCCUUCCCUGCUUUAUCGGUCUUCGUUCACAAUGGUAAGGGGGCUACCGCAGGCUCCUGCAGGCUGCCCAGCCCUGCUCCUGGAUGGCUGCAGGCAGUGUGUCCGUCAGAUGCUGCUGACCAGACAGCUAGCUACCAAAAAAGCUAAAGGUAAAGGGCAGAGUCAAGCCAGAGUGAAUGUCAGUGCUGCCCUAGUUGAGGAUAUUAUCAAUUUGGAGGAAACCAAUGAAGACAUGCGGGCAGUGGUAGAAGCUCUGAGAGAAGAUUUCAGCAGAAAUCUCAGUGUUAGAACCUCACCAGGGGCCCUUGAUCACAUAAUCGUGAUGACAAAAGAUGGGAAGUUUCCGCUGAACCAGCUGGGGCAGAUCUCACAGAAGUCGCCGCAGCUCAUUGUAGUGAACAUGAUCAAUUUUCCAGAGAGCACAGCUGCAGCUACGAAGGCUAUAAGGGAGAGCGGCAUGAACCUGAACCCAGAAGUGGAUGGGACAAUAAUUCGGGUGCCGAUUCCAAAGGUGACGAGAGAGCACAGAGAGAGCCUGGCCAAGCUUGCCAAGCAGUCCACCAACAAGUCCAAAGAGGCCCUGAGAAAGGUGCGAAGUAAAAGCAUCAACCAGGUAAAGAAGUUCAAGAACAAAGUGUCUGAAGAUACCAUCCGGCUGCUAGAAAAGCAGAUCCAGCAAAUGGCAGACAGCACUACAGCGGAGAUGGACAAGCUGCUGGCAGCAAAGACCAAGGAGCUGCUCGGAUAAGUGCCAUCCCGAUGACAGACUCCCCCCUUGAGCAUGAACAGACUGCCUUGGACCCCAGUGACCAUCCCUGCCCGAAGUCAGCAGCCUCGGGCAAUGGGCAGGGGUGGCUCUGCCAGACC